CGGAGGUCCAAAAAUAGCGUCAAAGUCAAAAGGAAAAAUAAAAACAAAACGUCACCGGAAAGUCCAUGAGUAUCCACUUAAUAUUGUAAUUAAAUAUUUUCCGUGACGGUGCGAUAUUCACGCACUUCAUCAAUCGAAAAUACCCGUAUCUUUCAUGUCUACCCAAACUUCAAUCCAAGUCGCCGUCGCCAGUGCUCGAAAAGUGCACGAGAUACAAAUCAGAUAGAUAGCUACAUAUAUAAAAAUAAACACUUCGAGCGUCUAAGAAAAAACCCAAAUAAUAACAACUUGUGCGAAAUCGAACUAUAAUCUAUUUGAAAAACCCGGAUUCUAUAAUUACGAAUUUUCUUGAACUUUCUGCGCACAUUGUAUUCGAUUGUAUGGGUAGAGUUAUGAGAGUGAAUUCCCUGCCGCCGCCCGCCCACAAGUGCAACGUCUUCGCUCGCUCCCAAAACCAAGACCAGAAUCAAUUGAAGUUGAAGAAAACCAAAAUAUAUUUUAUGUUUAAGAAUCUGUGCAAGAGAAAAACUUUAAGAAAAAAUCAUUUAUUGACAUUAAAAAGCGAGCAAAGUGAAUAAAAUUGUUGACCUAAUCGUGCGAAAUCAAUCCAAAAAUAUACAUACUUAACUUUAAAAAAACCGACACAAGCAAAAGCGAAAACAAAAAGUAAUUCACAAACUAAGUAGAAACAUUUAUUUUCCUCUAGAGAUAUAUUUAAGGCGAAUUUUGGAAAGAUUUGUGAGCCCAGAUCUGCACGAUGGUUGGAGUUGCCGCCCCAUCUCUGGCCGCAGAGCUGUCAUCGUCGAAGAAUCCGAUGAUCAAGUAUAUGCUGAAGACACGCGAGAAUCACGCACGAACCCAAGAUGCAGACUAUUCGCAUGUCUUUCGGCGCAAGACGGGCUUCGAGCUCUUCCGCCUCUCUGCCAUCGCGAUGGCCAUUGAGUUCGCGUAUGCGGCGGAGACCUCAUUCGUGUCCCCGAUUCUGCUGCAGAUCGGCAUCGAUCACAAGCACAUGACCAUGGCAUGGGGUCUGUCACCGCUCAUAGGGUUCUUCGUGUCGCCGCUGCUGGGCAGUGUGAGUGAUCGCUGUAGAUUGCGUUGGGGUCGUCGUCGUCCCAUCAUAUCCGUGCUUUCGUUGGGAAUCCUAUGCGGCCUUAUACUGGUGCCAUAUGGCAAGCAGCUGGGCGAACUGCUAGGCGAUGUGGGCUAUAACAUUACAGAGCCUAUGGUGAAUAACUAUACGAAUUUGAUCGGUGAUGGGACUGUGGCAGCAUUGGUGGCACCUGCGACGGAGGAGGUUUCGCCCGCCAACUUUAAAUAUGCUGUCAUUCUGACAAUUCUGGGCAUGGUCUUGCUGGACUUUGAUGCGGACACCUGUCAGACGCCAGCACGCACCUACUUGCUUGAUAUGUGCGUGCCGGAGGAGCAGCCGCGUGCACUCACUAUGUUUACACUUUUCGCUGGAUUUGGCGGUACCAUUGGCUAUGCCAUUGGUGGCAUUGAUUGGGAGACAACGAGUUUUGGCAACUUUCUGGGCGGCAAUAUACCCACGGUGUUUGGCCUAGUCACCAUUAUCUUCGUUAUCUGUUACAUCAUUACGAUCACCACGCUACGUGAGAUUCCCUUGGAGCUUAUCGAGCGGGACGAGCUAUUACGUCCACUAUCCGAGGCGGCCAUCAAGCAGGAGUUGAAAAAGAAUAACAACGCCAUUUACUACAUUAAAGAGACAACGACGCUGGAGUUGCAAAUGGCAGACGAUUUAAGGCAAUCCGAAAUGAUGCAGGAAAGCUAUCAGAAUGGCUAUUCUCCGAAGAUGACGAACAAGUCCCAGGAUGUUGAGCAGUCUUCUAAUGUAGAGACGCCCAUUACGCUCGGUGCCUAUAUCAAGAGCAUUUUCAUUAUGCCAAAAUCGAUGCGCAUCCUGGCGUUUACGAAUUUGCUUUGCUGGAUGGGGCACGUCACCUAUUGCCUAUACUUCACGGACUUUGUUGGUGAGGCGGUGUUCCACGGUGAUCCCUCGGCGUCGCCCAAUUCGGAACUGGCGUUGCUCUAUGAGGAGGGCGUGCGAUUUGGCUGCUGGGGCAUGUCUAUCUAUGCACUAUCCUGUUCGGUAUACUCGCUAACUGUGACCAAGCUGAUGAAGUGGUUUGGCACGAAGGCGGUGUAUAUAAGCGGGAUGGUCUACUACGGAAUAGGCAUGCUUAUUUUGGGACUGUGGCCCACGAAAUGGGGCGUCUUGGUGUUCAGCACUUCGGCGGGCAUUCUGUACGGCACCCUCUUUACCUUGCCAUUCAUGUUAGUGGCGAACUACCAUGCCAAAAACUGCUUCCACGUGCACAAUGGAGAGACAGUGCCACUGAAACAGGCACGUGGCUUAGGAACAGAUGUGGCCAUUAUCAGCAGCAUGGUAUUUAUUGCCCAACUCAUCGUAUCUCUUUUUGUGGGUCCGCUAGUCUCCUGGAUGGGAACCACAUGCGCCAUUCUGUACGCCUCGACUGUCUUAUCCUUCUUAGCUGCCAUUUCGGCCAUGUUUGUGCUGUAUGUGUAGAGUAUGGAGAGAGUUUCGUGUUUGUUCACGAACUCAUUAACAACAACUUAAGGGCUUGCUUUGAAUAACUUGCGAUUGGUUCGCAAUUUUCAAUUACUCUAUGUGCAAUUGUGUAGACAUCUGUGUAGAGAUCUAAGUAUGUAUUGUA